CUUUCCACUGCUGCCUUGAGGGCUGGGGGUUGCUCAGCAGCAGGAAAACAGGGGUGGUUUAAGUGUGAAGAAAACCAAGGAGCCCCUCCCAGAGAAAUGGUUCUUCCCCUUCUAUCAUUGUGAUACAAAGGCAAAAGCAAAACUCUGUUGACUUCUUUCAGUAGACAGCUCAAGUAACUGGCAGACAACAGCCCAACCUGGGGCUUGGGACUCUUUACUCAGGGCUUUAACUCAUUGUUAAGACAGAAGGAGCAACUAAAAAGACCUUUGAAAAUGCUGUGGAUGUUGUGGCUCCCAAAUGCAUCCCUCUUUCUCCUGCUUCUCCCAUGCUUCCCUGCCCAGGACGGUGGAGGACAUGAACAGUCCACAGACGUUAUCAGUGCUUGGGAAGGAAACUCCGUCAGCAUAAUUUGCCCAAUGAAUCAAAAUCAAGUGGGGAUGUACUUGAGAACUGUCAUACAGAAUCUCAAUGUGGUAUAUAGUUCCAAGGAGAAACCUCCAUCUGUCAAUCCUGCCUUUGCUAAUCGUGUCGAGUGUUCAAAGGAAGGGGAGAAUCUCAGGAUAACCCUGCACAGGUUACAGGAGUCUGAUUCUCAAAUCUACGUAUGCGCUGAGAUUUUAAAAAUCGAUGGCUAUCCCCAAGAGAUAUAUGGGAAGACAACCAUAGUAGUGGUCAAAGCUAAAUUCAGCAGAGCUCUGGAGCAAUCACCACUCCAUGCCAACCCUGAGCCAGGCCAGUCUGUCAGCAUCACCUGUGUGUUGAAAAGCUCACCUGAAGAUGAGCAGUUCUACUUGCUCCGGACUCUCGUGCAGCCUGGCAUGGUUCUGUCUGUGUCAAAUCUCAACGUGUCAGAGGUUUCUCCUGCCUUUGGGAAUCGCUUGGAGUAUUCAAGGGAAGGAAAUAGAACUGUGGUAACUCUACACAAGCUACAGGAAAAUGACAGUGAUAAUUACAUCUGUGCCCUGAAGGUGAAGGGCUCCCCUCUGCUCUCAGCGAGUGGCACCAUGCUGCUGGUUAAAGAAGUGGAGCAGGCAUGUAAGAAGAGCUCCUGGGAUUUGUAUGCCGUUCUCAUAGUGGUGGCUCUGCUGUUCUGUGCCCUGGUGUGCUGCACCUUGUACCAUGUGGUUGUGAAGAAAUAUUUCCAGAAGAAAAAGCCCAAUGUGGUAUAUGAAGACAUGUCCUACAACUCCAGACGGAGCACCCUGGUCAGAAGCAGCACCUAUUCCAGAGGUGAAUAAACUUCUGCCAGCUGGGACCAUCCCCUCACAGGCAGAGGGGAGAGCUGAGAGCUCUGAGAGCUGCUUUAACCACCUGAACCGAAAUUGCUAUCACCUACCUUCUUCAGUGGAAGGAAAAAUCUCAUAUGCAAGUGGGUUUCUACUUUUUUUAAAUUUUUUUUUCGUAAUGUACAGAAAAUGUAGCAAAAUGCAGGUACCCUAGACAUAUGUAUGCAGUUCAGUGUGUAAAAGCAGCAUUUUGGGGCUAAAUGCAACAUAUGGGCUCAUUUCUUUCUGAUCAAUAGUUUGCCAUGGAUCUACACAAGCAUGGAUUCCAGUUCUCUCAUGGAUCCUUGCCCAAGAGCUCAGCCAGCUAAAAUUACUCAAGAGUUACAGCAGGGAAAUCUAUUUUGCAGAAACUUCAGAAAUGUGGCAGGGUGAAAUGCUGGAUCCACGUGGACUCACCUGCUCCAAGGCCAUGAUGGCCCCAUAAAGUCACAAUCAAGUCUAGAUUUUAGUUGACUGCCUCUGUCAGAGCCGCUCACGUGACUGAUGGGGGUCUUGAUGUGGCUGAUGAGCAAAAUGACUAAACUUAGGUCUUAGUGUCUUCCUGGGUGUCUCAGUUUUCACAGACAGGUGUCUGCUAAAGACAGCAGGAGCCUCCCCUGAAAUGGAAAAUGUAAGCCCCCUUCCUUCAAAUCAUUAUAAAUUUGAAAUUAAAAGGAUCUCAGGCAAAGAUAUGGGAAUAGGAAUAACAGUUCUUUACUAGGAAAAUUAAAAAUACAAAUGCAAUAUUACAAACAGAACAAAAAAACCCACUGCCAGAGU